CAGCAUUUUGCGGUGGCUGCGAGCCAUUGGCGACGCGAUACGUCGCUUCUCCGGGGACCAUGGACGCCUAGUGGCACUCUGUGCGGAUACGAGCCUUACCGCGACUCGUCGUAUAGAGAAAGGCAGCGGACCCGAGAGAACGUCCUCGGAGGUGGCGAGCGCGCAAGCGACUGGUUCCACCGACAUGCCCCCUGUGACGCCCGGCACAAGCGGAACGGACAAGCGACGCGCCGCCACGGCUAAGAGGCGAGGUCACUCACCGGACACUGUCAGCGGUAGCUCGUCGGACAGUGGGCGCGACGUGAAGACACGCAAGUCCAAACGACAACGACGUCGAUCCAGUAGCAGCGACACUGACACAUCCGGCAGCACGCAAAACCUGCGCAAAAACAGAGCUGCGAAGCGCCGCGCGGGAAGUGAAUCCUCGUCCAGCCGUCUCAGCAGGGAGACAGGCAAAUGCUCGUCGCCAAGCAGCGGCUCCACGACAAUGCGCAAGACAAGUGGCAGGAAGACACACAAGUACAGCCACGGCAGCAGAGACUCGCCCAAGCCUGAAAUGAAAAGAUUGCGGCAUCGCUCUGGAAGCCCGCUGGAAGCCAGAAGAAAGAGCGAAUGGCGUAAGAGGGACACCGACAGCGAUGUUCAGUCGACGAGCUCUGUUAUCAGUGACGUGGCAGCCAUUAAGCGGAGAGCGGCUAAAAGGCGUCGGCCUAGGUCGUCUAGCGAGGAAAGCAACAGCCCAGAAACGCUCAACGAAGAGGCGAAGACAGCCUCAAAGACUGCCGCAGAAAAAAAGGUUCGCCCCGUGGCCGUGAAGCCGGGCGACGUCCAGACCAGCAAGUGCCGAGCAGCAGAGGAGCGCGAUUCGGAAGCAGCUUCGAACGAGGAGACCAGCGCAAACAAGAAGCGGCGGAAAAGGAAAGUGCCGGAUACUCCGGUGACUGACCUGUUCAACGCUCUCAACGACCCUGCAGCCACGUCUUCGUCUCGCAGUGCGAACAAAAACGACUCGUCGAAGGCUAGGCGCGAGACCAGCAGGACACCUAUGAAAGAGAACAACGACGAUCGCUCCGACGACGGACGUGAGAAGAACCAGGCAGCCCAGAUGUGCCACCCAUGGAAGCGUUUCCUGACCCGAUGGAGUUUCCCGACUUGGGUCAAGACAUUGAGGAGCUACUGGAGCUGUUCCUCGGGCUGUUCCUCGAGGUGCUUUUGA